AAAAAUAUACUGUCUUAUCUCUUCUCUAAAUAAAUGACCUUAUUUAUCUUAUCAAUGUCUAAGAUACAAAUAAAAAUGGCGUAUUCUCCUAAUGGACUUAUUUUAUUAUAUAUAGCCGUAGUUGUGAGUCUAGCGGUGCCUUCAUCAUGCCAAGUGUGCCAUGACCUUGACACGAAAGGAUGUCAGCUGUUCAUUGCUUCAAAGCCCGACUUUUGUUCCACUUCACCCGUAGCCAACACAGCAUGUCCUCGUACAUGUGGAACAUGCCCAUUGACGUGUUAUCACUGCCCACAGGUUCCGGUAACUGGUUCAGUAACAUGCAACACAACUAAACACUGUGCUUCGUCAGAGAUGUGUAUGAUCAACACAGCAUAUGCGCAUGAUGGACAUAUUGAACACAUUUUAUCCUGCAUAUCCAGAAGUGUUUGUGACGGUGCAGGUUUUGGCUUUAAUGGUAUAAUAGGUAAAAGAAACGCCCCUCGUGAUCUAAAACUUCACUGCUGUCACACCGACCUUUGUAAUGUCCCAGAUUUCACAACAACAACACAAAAACCACUUGCAUCAACCGCCGCCCCUCCGGGAUUUUACAGUUGCCAUAGCGACGUUGUGUUUGUAGUCGACGAGUCUGGUAGCGUUGGAUUCCCAGGAUUCCAAAAAGUGAUAUCUUUUAUAAAAGACAUUGUUAGUCAUCUCGACAUAGGAAGUCAUGGUGAUCAGAUGUCUGUUCUACUGUUUGACAAUGACCCACAUUUACAAUGGUAUUUGAAUGACUACACUAACAAGGCGGAUCUAUUAAAUGCUCUCACGUAUGUGCCAUACCACAACGGUACAACCAACACCGGUAGUGCACUAAAAUAUGUCCGGGAAAACGUAUUUCAGUUUACAAAUGGAGACAGACCAGAUGCUAAAAACGUCGUGGUUGUUAUCACGGACGGUCGGUCAAAUAACCACACUGCAACAGUGACAGAGGCUAACAAAUUACGCAAUGAGGGCGCUGAAAUAGUGGUUCUUGGUGUCGGGAAUUCUGUUAACAGUGAACUGGUAGACAUUGCUGGUGUGUAUACAAAUGCCGUAAAGGUUUCCGGGUACAACCACUUGUCGGAUGUCGAGUCAAAAAUUCUUCAAAUGAUAUGUUAAGAUUUACAGUGUUGAAGAAAUAAAAAUGUUCAACGAAAG